GCCGCGCUGCUCUCGGCGGCGGCGGCGGCGGCAGAGGCAGCGGUGGAGCGGAGCGGAGCGGGCCUGCUAUGGGGACGCAAGGGGCCGGGCGGAAGCGGCUGCCGAACCGGGAGCGCCUGACGGCGGAGGACGAUGCGCUCAAUCAGAUCGCCCGUGAGGCUGAAGCAAGACUCGCAGCAAAGCGAGCGGCACGGGCAGAGGCACGGGAGAUCCGGAUGAAGGAAUUGGAGAGGCAGCAGAAAGAGAUCUACCAAGUUCAGAAGAAAUAUUAUGGUCUGGAUACUAAAUGGGGAGACAUCGAGCAAUGGAUGGAAGACAAUGAGCGUUAUUCCCGUAGAGCCAGAAGAAAUGCCUCGGCUUCGGAUGAAGAUGAGCGCAUGUCAGUGGGUAGCCGUGGAAGCCUGAGGUCUCAUUUGGAACAUGCCAACACCUAUCCAGUGGCUGGAUUAGAGAAUGAGAGGACCAAAAAGAAGAACUACUCCAAAGCAACCAAUGGUUAUGAGGACGAUGUGUAUGGAUCAUCCUACAGUAGAAAAUCUAGCAGGCCCUCCUUGCUGUACAGCGAUGCCCCAGCCAGAAGUUACAGGGCGUCUGUGCAUGAUGAGAGCAUUUACAGUGGGAGUCGUCGGUAUAGUGCCUCUAGUUCUCGUGCUCCUUCUGAGUACAGUUGCUACCUUGGGUCAGGAUCUCGGGCAUCCUCAAGAGCCAGCUCUGCUCGGGCCAGUCCAGUGAUUGAGGAAAGGCCAGAAAAAGACUUUGAGAAGGGAGCACGCACUGUCUCAAGUUUAUCAGCAGCUACCUUAGCUUCUCUGGGUGGGACUUCUUCACGAAGAGGCAGUGGGGAUACAUCCAUCUCAGCUGAUACAGAGGCAUCUAUUAGAGAAAUAAAGGAUAUCUAUGAGUUAAAGAACCAGAUUCAGGAUGUAGAAGGCAAAUACAUGCAGGGACUGAAAGAAAUGAAGGACUCUCUAGCCGAAGUUGAAGAGAAAUAUAAAAAGGCUAUGGUGUCAAAUGCUCAACUAGAUAAUGAAAAAACAAAUUUCAUGUACCAAGUAGAUACCCUGAAGGAUGCACUCUUAGAGUUAGAAGAACAGCUGGCAGAGUCCAGGCGGCAAUAUGAAGAAAAAAGUAAAGAAUUUGAGAGGGAGAAGCAUGCUCAUAGCAUAUUGCAAUUUCAGUUCAUGGAAAUCAAAGAGGCUUUGAAGCAAAGAGAAGAAAUGCUUGCAGAAAUCCAACAGCUGCAACAGAAACAGCAGAGCUAUGUCAGGGAAAUUUCUGAUCUUCAGGAGACAAUAGAGUGGAAAGACAAAAAAAUAGGGGCGUUAGAGAGGCAGAAAGAUUUCUUUGAUUCCAUAAGGAGUGAGCGGGAUGACCUUAGAGAUGAAGUGGUUGUGCUGAAGGAGCAACUGAAGAAACAUGGAAUAAUCCCAGAUUCUGAUGUAGCCACCAACGGGGAGACAUCAGACAUUCUUGAUAACGAAGAACACUUGGAUUCUUCCAAAACUGUCCCAGGCAUAACUCAGGCAUUGAAGACUGGAGGGGAUGGGAUGUUAGGCAAAGCCAGUGAAGUGGACAUGAAAAAUGAGAUUUUGGAGGAUAUGGGGAAAAGAGAAAUCUUGCAGAAUACUGAGCAUGAGGAACACAAAGAGGAGUCUGAGGAGCAGAAAGUACAGACAUUGCAUGCUGAUGAAAAUGCAGAGGCAGAAAAAAUGGUUGAAGAACGUGAUGCCCUGUCAACAGUGAUGUUACCAGAUAGUAGGUUUACGGUACAAAUUCAGAGCCUUACAGAACAUGUAUCAGGGAGUACUUCUUCAAAUUAUGAUAAUGAUGAAGAUGAUUUGAGAAAGGUGGCAGAGGCCGCAGGCUCAGCAGUCCAGCAGCCUGUCAGUACAGAGGCUGAAUACUGCGACUUAAAUGCAAUGCCAGAUCAGAACUUGGAGGUGGGCUCUCUGCAAGGUCAUCAGGUUUUUGAGACUCCUCAGGAAACGCAUAGUGACUUAGGCACAGACCAUGAACUGGAAAAAGCUGCACCCCAACAGCAAGAACAAGAGGAUCUUAAAAGUAGCCAUGUCCUGAGUGAUAAUGAAAUGGAUCAAGAAGCUGUCAUCACAAGCGAGAGCUGUGAGUUGGUUUCUAAUCAGGCAGGGCUCUCAGAAGUUACAGUAGCAGGCUUAGUUAGUGAAGAGGUAAAUGUGGAGAGCCACACUGAGGCACUCCAGCACUCAGAAGAAAGUGCCGAAAACAAGGUUACAAGUGUCUUGGAGGAAAAGUUUGUGGAAAGCAAAGACUGCGCUGAUGGAAGAACUGGUGAAACAGGUGAUAGAGGUGAAAGAGAAAAUGAGGUUGGGAACACAGCUCAGGGUCAGACGAGGGAAACAGAGCCUAUGGGUUUGGAGGGGAUGGAGGCAUGUGAAAGUGGUGUCCCAGCAGCUAAAAUUGAAAAGGAAGGCGGAGGACAUCAGGCAUUCAUUCAACCGGUUUCUUCAGAGGACAGUCCUUCAGCAUCAUCAGAGAAACGAAAUAGGCAAUAUGAAACUGAACUUGAAGAUGCUAUGGCUGAGAAGGAUGGACAAACGGAAACAUUAACAGAAGAGUUGGAGAUGUGUUCAGAUUCUGCAGAAACAGACAAGCAAGGUAAGGUCUCUGUGGAGGCUGUGGACUGUAUUACUGAGGUAAAUGGAAGUGGUGUGCAGCAGGCAGAGCCAGACAGAGACAUUGUGAUACAGGUGAUGACUCAGGAAACCAGUUUUGACCCAAGUCUUUUAGAUGACAAGAUUAAGGAGUCAGAAUUGGAAACAGGGGAUGAGUCUGAGAAAGAAAAGGCAAGUAGGACAGAAUGGGUCGAAGAUAUAAAGCUGAAGGUAGGAGUUCAAACUGUUCAGUCCAGUGAAGAAGCAAUAGGUGAGACAGUAGGAGAAAAAAAUACUCCUUUAGAAGGUGAAGCACAAAAUGUAGUUAAACAAGAGGAAGGUGAAGCACAAAAUGUAGUUAAACAAGAGGAAGGUGAAGCACAAAAUGUAGUUAAACAAGAGGAAGGUGAAUCCAAAGAGGAGUCAACUGUAGAUGUUAGUGUAGCUACUGAAAACAAAGUUUAUAAAGAAACACUGAAAGAAAAUCAGCAAGAGUUAGAGCUUGCAGACCACCAUGGUGGUGGAUGUGCUUCUCAAGAAGGUGCAAAUAAUUCCCUGGCACAGAAAGCUGAGUUGGAUGCAGAUGUUAGUGAACACGUUAAAUUGGAGGGUCAAGCCGAGGAAAGACUGGAAGGUGAUGGUGAUGUCAUUGAUUUUGAUGAAGAGUCAAAACAGAUACUAGAAACUGAUAAAAAAUGUGAUGAAGAGAAAGCUUAUACGCAGAAAUAUGAGGGUGAUGGAACAAAUGGUGCUGCUGGAAAAACUGCCCAAACAGAUGAAGCUGGAGAAGGAGGAGGCAGAAUAGAAACAGAAGACAUCUUGACUAAAGACGACAGCUUGCAACAUAAAAAAGCUGAUGAGCCUGAAGAAACAGGGGAAGCAUUGUGGAAAGCUGAGGAGAAGACUGAUGUGAUGGAAGAUGAAAUCAAAGCAUCAGAUUCCAAUAAAGUGGAAAAUAUACCAGAUGAAAAUGUUAUGGAACAGGAUUUGGAAAGUGCUGGCAAUAACAGGGAUGAAAGCAAGGAGGAUUUGCGGAGUGGUAGAAGGGGCAAGGGUAAAUCCAGAGACGACUGUACAAUAUCCUAAGUUCAGAAUCUCAAGACUACACAAGUUACAUGCCAUUUGAUCGGCCCCAGUACAGAAGCAUGCACUUUGCACAAUAUAUCAGACCUUAGGAAUACUCUGAAAUUGAGGUGUUUUUUUAUAGGUAACUCUCAUCAUAAUACAAUGUUAUGUAAGUGGCAAUGAUGCAAAUAUUAAGUUACUCACUGACAUGCCUGGCCACAAGAAAUUGUGUGUGGGUUCAGUAUUGUUGUGUCUCAGGUUAAAAGUUUAUCACUGAAAGAGCAAGCUUCACAAACCUUCACUAUCUUGCCAUUAAAAUACUUUCAGUGUGGAUAACUGCUACUGAGUAAUUUCUAUAGGAAAGUCUUUGUUUUUCUAGCCUAGAUGAUGUCUUGAAUGUACUUAAUGUGCCCUUUGUGCACUUAUGCACAUACUCGUGUACUUACAUACAUGAGAUCUACAGUAAGUACAUUGCCACUUCAUGAAGGAACUUGGUAGAUCAGCAAUGCUGAUGUGAUUUUGAACCUUCUUUCUGAAUGAUUGAAGCCUAGGAACAAUUUUUUUUUUCUUUUUCCCCCCAUUGGAAAAAAAAGAUACUCUCAUUCCAUUUUGUGUGUGUUUCUCAUAUGGUUAUAGUCCAAAAUAUAUUCAACAGGUCACUUUGAAUCUGUUCAGUCUAAACACUUCGGAAAGACAAUAUGCAGUUUGAAGAAAGCACAACAUACAGGUCUUCAUUUGCCGAAGGGAAUAAAUAUAUACAUGUUUACUUCAUCUGGGCACUUUGCACCACAAUAGGCCUUUACUCCAUGUCUCACAUGGGGUUUUUUCUAUUUUUUUCUGAAGAAAGUGUCAAUACACACUGUAAUGUAUGCUUAGAUUUGCUAUCAAGUACUGUCUGGUUAUGAAUGUAUAAAAUACCUAUUUUUUCCAAGAAGAUUUUUGUUUAAAAUUGCAUUUCCUUUCUCUCUCUUUUUUUUCUUUCCCUCCAAACUAUGAUUCUGAAAGAAUCUGAAAAAUUCUUUAUCUCUGAAAAAUUCUUACCUCUUCCUUUCUGGAAAGAAGAUAACUUUGCAUGUCUUAAUUCUCAUUGGAUAUCAGACCAAAGAAAGACUAUUAUUAUUCUGUAUACUAGCCCCUGUGCCUUUUUGAAAAGCUGGGUUGCUUUAAAUUGCUGGCAUAAAUUAAACACUUUGACUCCACUGGUAUAUUUCUUCUUGCAUUUUUGCUAGUGCUUGGGAGGAAGAGCAUGUUUUGCAUACUUAAAAAUUCAUUUAAAGUUGUUCUAAGCAAUGACCGUCCCAAGGAAAGGCAAAUUGCGGAAUUGGGGCGGGGGGGGGGGGGGGGCUGUGGAAGGUUGUAUUUGUGAUGUUGCAAAGUUGAUGGAGUACAAACAGACUGCAAAAUGUCAAGAUGUAUAUCCAGUGUACUGAGCUGUAUAUAAUUGAAAUAAACAUAUUUUAUACUCUUAUUGCCUGUCUAGAGCACUGUUUAUAAACCUGCAUCAAUAUUUAUUUAAAUCUGUAUAAUUUAAAAAAACAUUUUUUCUGCAGCUUUGUUUAAAUCGAUUGUGUUGUGCUACAUAGCUAGAAGACCUAUUUUACUAGGAAUGGGCAGCCUUGGUGUUCGAAGACCUUUAAUAUAUGAUAGCACCCUUUACAGUUCUGUUACAGGUCUGCAGUUAACCUGUAACUCUUUUUUCAUGUGGCUUCUCUCCAACUUAGAACAGUUCCAGUAUGGUUUCUGUAAGUACUAGCAGUUGUUCUUAAGGGUUUACCUUAAAUGCUAAUCUCAAAAGUCAUAGAUCUUAAAAGCAUCUUUCAUUACUAUGUGGUAGUGUUUAUUUAAAGAUUUGUCUCUGCUAUACUUGAAACAAUAAUGCAUGGUUUAAUGUUGAAAGUAUUUUAAAUGCAUUUGUAUUUAAAUGCUAAAUACAGUGAAACAUAUAAUUAAACAUCCUUACCAGGCUUCACCUAUGCUUGUGGAUGGAUCCAUAAGCAACUCUCCGUUAAAUUAGGCACAUGCCAGCAUUUCCUGUAUUGUUCAUACAAGUUUGUUUCUAAUAGAAAUGCUUCUGGAUAGUUGAGGAGAUAGUGAGCUAAUUUUAACUAGUUUUUCCACUCCAGAAGACAAGGCAUCUGUAAGAGAGGUCGUUUUUAAAGCCGAGUCACAGAAGGAGAGACAACUCUAGUUUUAACUGUCCAUGUACCAGGUUUUAUCCCACAGUAAGUGUCCGACUCUCAGUGAAACUAGAGUAGGAGCAAGAACAUUGACAUAGCUGAUGCACUAGAAAUCCAUCCUUGAACGUUACUGCUUGGUACGUCUGUUGGCAGCUGGUCCCUGACUUCUGGAAUUGGGCAAGUACCAUGGAGGAAAAGGUCAUUGUUUUCUUUUACCUCUUUCGUUUUUGCUUGAGUAUAUAUGCACAUCGAGGGAGAUGCAGAGGUCUCCCAGAUAAAUCAGCUUGAAGAUAAAGGGAACUGCUAGAUGUUAUAUUCAAAAUUGAAUAAUUUAAAUACUAUAUGCCAGCUAGCAUUGUGUGAAACGUGCCAUUAAAAAGGGAGAGGAGACGGUGUCUCAGGAGGAAUUCUCUAGAAAAUGCAUCUUUCGUAAAGUUACACAAUUAAGAACGGUUUUUGGCAUUUUCCCUGCCAUGUCUAAUGGAUACAAGAAAAGACGUAGUUUGUCCCUUUCUUUAUUGGUUUUGACUUUCAGGGACAGAGAAAUACCAAAUCAGUCUUUUCAUAGUCUAACAUGAAACCAAGAAGUCAUGAGAUGACCUAAAAUCAAGAUUCAUAUUUGCUGUUAUUAUGUUACCCAUUUUGCUUUGGGCAGGGACAGUCUGCUCAUGAGCACCACCCACACUGUGUAAGACUUCUGUCUCUUAAAAUAGUGCUAUAGCUCCAAAUGCUUACUGGGUUUUCUGUUCCAAACCUAGUGAUUGGCGCAUGUGGCUUGUAAUCGGGAUUUGUGCGUUACUGUGAAGUUGGGGCUAGCCUGAAAUGCUUUCAAAAGCAGUAGCUGAGGAGACUUGUUUUCCUUAUUCAGCAAGUAAUAGUGAAAAGCUUUGGUCAAUGUUUUCUUAUUACAGAAAAGAACAGUCCUCCUGUCCCUCUCAAAAUCAGUAUUGCAGGCUUGUGAUUUCUUAAUCUUAUGCUCAUUCACUGACCCAACAGCCUGUCCCCAGCAGCGUCGCUCUUUGAGAAAGAGGGGAAAGCAUUUCUCGAAGUUUGUUAUUGUUGUUUUCUGGUGAUCCAAAAUAAAUGAGCAGAUCUGGAAAAGGAGUAUUAUCCAACCUGCUUUUGAUCUCAUAGUUUGCUUCUUGGAGGCUGUAAUGAGUAGCUGCUUGAGGCUGCUGGUGUGAUUUCAUGGGAUAUCUUCCCAUCCUCCAACUACAGUUUACCCCUUUCAGUUACAUUGGGAUUAGUUACAUUCUGGGCCAUACAUAAUUCAGAUCGUCUGGGUUAAAAUCAGCUGCUUCCCACCCCAUGUUCCUCUCCAGGUAGGAAGAUACAUCGGGGAUCAGUGGCUAAUUAGGGGGUGUUAGGUCAACCGUGCCACUGAAACAGCACCCUAGUUAGCAAUACUUGAGUCAGUUACAAUAUCAAAGGAAUAAGAAUAGUGAUUUGACUUGCAAACAGGCCUGUACAAUAGCAGAAACACUGGUAACCACCACCUCCACACACCCUGUGUCCUGCUGUCUCCCAAGCCUUCCCAGGGUCCAGCUCCUUCCAUCAGCCUUCUGUUAAGCUCUUUGGCGUAUAAAAGCCAUGUAUUGGUGCAGUGAGUAGCCAGGGAAUCAUGUUAGCAAAGUUAAAUUCAAGUGAGAUAAAUGUCACACUGUCAUUGUUCAUCUUUGUAUGUGUAAUAAGGAUGGUGACAGUUACAGAUGACCAUUUUAAUUAGCUACUUUGUGUCCUAAUUCAGUAGAUUGCUCUUUUCUGCUCACCUGUUCUCAAGGUCCUCAGAGCCGUGAUUUGUUGGAAAAAUGUCUCCUAACUGCAAAAUUAAGGUGACUGCAGAGAUACCUAUUAAAGCUAAAGUAAGUUUUCUGUGUUAGUCUGAGGUUUUGAGAGAAUGAGACCUAAGAGACUUUCACUUAUGCAUGCAGAAAAAUUUUCUACAUGAAUGGCAAUUUUAGCAAACUGAUUUUUUUCUGUGGUCUUGUAAAUCCUGCUGCCACUGUGUCAUCUGCCCCGGUGGACAGAUGUCCAUAAUGGGUGAAGAGAGAACUGAUGGUGAGACA